CUCAUUUCUGUCCCGAAAAUCAGAAUGUGGCCGUCCUGCACAAAACCUCAAGUUUGCAAAGCACGCGUGAAAGGGUCUUGGGUUCUCUGUCCCUUCUGUUCCGGUUUCUUCUACUUUGCUGCAACUAAUGCACAAGCCUGUACUUGUUUUCUAUUUUUCCCGCUAACCGAUCAAAAGAUGUCACAGAAGACCCCCCAGUGUUCUGCGGAUAAGCCUUCCAACGGGAAUCCGGCGGACUCCGCUGCCAUCCCGGCGGCCGAGUGUCCCAACUCGUCCCGUCAAAACGGGGGAACGUCGUCCUCCCCGGAAAGCGGAAGCUCCAACGGCGAUACCAAGCGAAGCGGGAAAAGGCGGCGCGGCAAGAAAAGUACGCGCAAAGCGGAGACUCCCGGCGACGGAGCCAAAACCGAAGACCAGUCCGAGCGCCGAGCCGGACCGACUGCCCUGCAGGCGGAAUGCGCCAACGUGUGGUUCCAGCGAAGCGUUUACGAGCGAGCGGAGAGCCUCUAUCAGCGCUGGUUGGCCAACUCGGGCAAAGCGAGCGCAGAGUCCAACGGCUCGGCCGCGAGUCCGCCGAGGCCCCCCAUGAAGAAAACUUGUCGACUAGACGGAACGCCAGAAUCCUCGCAGUGGAGCGCGACACACUCUGGGUGCGGCUCGGUCCCCACUCGGGACUUGGCGGCGGCCCGAGCGCCCGAGGAAGGCCGCCGGUCUCCCGUAAGCGUUGGACCCCAGCAGAGGGCGCCAACGACCACGAAGCGGGCGCUAAACGGGCUGUCCCCCGUUUUCGCAGAAAUGUUGGGAGACAUCUGGCUGGAGAAGCCGCUGUAUGAUCGCGCCGAAGCCGCCUUCUACCAAAGUGUGUUUGGCAACAAUUGUCGCCAAGGCUCCGCCUCCUCCGGCACGUGCCCGCCCCAAAGCUCAACGGAGGCGGGGCCGGCGGAGCAACGGCGAGCGGCGGCGCCGCCGCAGGCCAAAUCCGAAGCCUUCCACGCUCUGCACCCGAUCCAGGAGGAGGACGAGCCCGCCGAGACGCUCGGCCUACGAGAGCGACUCGACGCCGGCGCCGCCUACUUCCUUCACCCCGACGGCGAGCGCGUGUGGUUGGACAAGCGCAGGUACGACGCGGCCGAGAUGCGUUUCCACGCCCGCCGCCGGGCACAAGAACCCGGCGAAGCUCGCCGGCCCAAAACGGACACCUCGUCGCCGCCGGACGUCGCCGUCCCGCCCGGGGAAAACAACAUGAGCGCCGUCAACUUCCCGGGCCAGGAGAAGAUCUGGUUUGAGAAAAGUCGCUACGACGAGGCCGAGCGCCGCUUCUUCGAGCGCGUGGCCGGCUCCUCGCCGUCGGCGCCGACGGUCUGCGAUGCGGGUGCCAUCGCCAUCCUCCAAGACAUCGCUCGUGCCCGGGAGAACAUUCAGAAGUCGCUUGCGGGAAGCACCUGCAGCAGCAGCGCCGCCGAUCAAGAAAUGAUGUCUCGAAUCAAAAGCCUGGAGCUGGAGAACAAGAGUUUAUAUCGAGUGGUCGAAGAUUUGAGGGCAUCGUUUUCCAAGCUGGAAUGUCGAGUCGCCGUCUUGGAGAAAAGCCCCACAGCGGCGCCGGCGGCGGCGGCCACCGGUCCUUCAGUCCCCUACACAAACGGAACCGCCGUCCAGCAGACCGGCGACCCGGCGAAACGCAACAUCAGCGAUGACGACGAUCUGGACUUGUUUGAUAGCGAUGACGACGAAGAGGCCGAGAAACUCAAAGAGCAGCGGUUGAAAGAUUACGCCGAGAGGAAGGCCAAGAAGCCCGGCGUCAUCGCCAAGUCCUCCAUCUUGCUGGACGUCAAACCGUGGGACGACGAAACCGACAUGGCCAAGUUGGAAGAGUGCGUGCGCUCCGUGCGAGCCGACGGCCUCUUAUGGGGAAUGUCCAAACUGGUUCCCGUGGGUUACGGCAUCAACAAGCUUCAGAUCUCCUGCGUGGUGGAAGAUGACAAGGUUGGAACGGACCUGUUGGAAGAAGAGAUCACCAAGUUUGAAGACUACGUUCAGAGCGUCGACGUCGCGGCUUUCAACAAGAUUUAAAGAGUUGUCUUCUCGUCCUGUCCGUUCCCACGCUUUGUUUUAAUGUCACAUAAUAAAAGAUUCUUGCACUGAG